CGAGAAGCAAGGCAUCUCAUUCCCCCCCCCCCCUUACCUUACCUCGCCAGCCCCACGCCUCGCCACCCUCCCUCCCCUCUUCUUCUUCUUCUUCUACCUUUAUCACCCCUCCAAGAAUCCAUCCUCCUCCUCACAUUCCACUUCCUUGCGUGCACUGCACACACGGAUCCCGCAGCUCGAUCCCACACAGCUCGUUUGUUCGUUUCUUCCAUGGCCGUUUGAGUGAGCCACAGAGCCGUCCAAGAGGGCAAGAGGCCACAUCUAUCCUGUGACUCCAAGCUUGGCAUCUCCCCACACUCACGCCACUCUUUCUUCUUCCCCUCGCCUCCAACCCCCCCGCUGCAUGCCACCCGCGUGCCGCCCCAGUCCGUUGGUUGGUUGCAACGACGCCUCCUCCUCCUCCCUCCUCCCCCCUCCCCGCAUUGCGCCCAGCUCCCCUCUUCUUUAGCCGCAAGGCACGCGCGCCAGAGCGACGCGGACAAGCAGGGCGCCGCUCUGCCGCUCCGCAUUGCACCAAGAAGCAGCCGCUCCGGCAGAGAUUGCGCCCCUUCCGUCCUCGCUCCGGCAGGCGGCAGCGCAUGCCCGGCUGACGGCGAUGCGGUUCACGGCGGGGGGCUCGUCGACGCGGUCGUGGCAGCCCAGGCCGACGGCGGACACCACGGACCUCGGCUUCUGGCUGCGCUGGCGGGUGGCCGUGUGCGCGCUCUGGGUGCUCUGCUGCGUCGCCGCCGCCGCAUACCUCGUGUGGCGCCACGAGGGCCCGCGCGCGCACCGCCGGCCCGGGGGCGCCGCAAAGCACGACGCCGCCGCCACACAGGGCCGGCGGCCGGACGGGCUGCUGUACGACGACGAGGCGUGGCGGCCCUGCCUCCGCGACAUCCACCCGGCCUGGCUCCUUGCAUACAGGCUCGUCUCCUUCUUCGUCCUCUUCAGCCUCCUCAUCGUCAUCGUCAUCUCCGACGGCGGCAACAUCUUCUACUACUACACCCAGUGGACCUUCAUUCUGGUGACGGUUUACUUCGGGCUUGCGACGACGCUUUCGAUCUACGGGUGCAGCAAGUUCGCCGCCUGCAAUGCCGUCGCGGCGAUGUCCGACGCCGAGCAGGGGCCUUACGCCAUCCACGGAGCCGCCCCGAAGCCGGUCGUCGACGGGGAGGACGACGGCACGAGGGAGGUCGCCGGGUUCUGGGGGUACCUGCUGCAGAUCAUCUAUCAGACAAAUGCAGGAGCCGUGAUGCUUACAGACUGUGUCUUCUGGUUCAUCAUUUUUCCAUUCCUCACCGUCAAAGAUUACAGUAUGAACUUUUUGCUGAUAGGAAUGCACUCGGUCAACGCUGUUUUCCUGCUCGGCGAAGCAUCGCUAAAUAGCCUGCGCUUCCCGUGGUUCCGGAUUGCGUAUUUCUUCCUCUGGACGGCGCUAUACGUUGUUUUCCAGUGGAUCGUCCAUGCAUCUACUCCAACCUGGUGGCCCUACCCGUUCCUCGACCUCUCCUCUAAUCUGGCGCCUCUCUGGUACUUUGCGGUUGCGUUCAUGCAACUGCCCUGCUACCUGAUCUUCAGACUGGUGAUGAACCUAAAACACCACCUUCUCUCCAAGCAUUUCCCGGACAGCAUGGUUCUAGGAUACUAGCACCGGUGAACAAACUUCCAUUGCCGGUCCUCUUCCUUCGAUCCUCCACACAAAAAAGGCGGUGCGAAUCGGCAGGAAAGAACAGCAACCGUACAAUGGUGGCGUGGUGUGGCAACUCGGCUCGAGUUCUUUGCGAGAAAUCUUUAGUUCCUUACGCAUGUGCACGCGUCUCCGAAGAAAACAACAGGGGAGCGUGCAUUUGCAUUUAGACUGGUAUAGUUUCGUGACGGUAAAUCGGGGUGUCACGGAUGGUAAGAAGAGUUUUUGCAGUGAUUGGGGGUGAAAGGAGAAAAUGAAAGGAGAAUUUGUACAUACAUGCAGCUUGGUCGAUUAGUUGGUGAAAUGGAGAUAUUGUUGAUUAAUUGAUUAUUACUUGUAGUAUAUAACCUGUUUUGUAGAUUGGCUGAUUGGUCAUCAUCAGCUUACCUAUGUGGCUAAUGUAAUCGUCGCAGGGUUACAUGUUUA